AUGGCGAUGGCUGACAUAUCGCCCUUUGCCAGCGCCUUUGAGGCCUUUGCGGGCGGGGAGGAGCCGCCCAAUGGCGUCCGUGUGGAGGGGUUCGACGAGAGCCACUCCUCCGGCGGGAGCAUAGAGCUGCGCCCCGUGUGCAGCCUCACGGAGAGGCAGAGCUCUGUCGGCGCGCUGAGCCAGCUGCUUUUGGCGCGGCGCCAGCUGGAGCGCGAGCAGGCUGCCCUGCGCCCCGGCCUCGGCCUCACUAUCCAAACGGCACGCAGCGGCCUGCGCCUGGGACCCUCCUCCAGGCUGAGGCGCGGCGCCGGGGCGCCCCGCAUCCAGGAGGACGCCGAGUUCGGCGACAGCGGCGGCGGCGCCGCCGCCGACCCGCACCUGGGAGGCACCGCGCCCAGCUGCGCACCCCACGCAGCGCAGCCCAUGGCCCGCGCGUGCAGCGGCAACAUCGACAUGCCCGCCAGGCUGUCAAAGGCCCAGACCGCGCCAGAGGGCCUGCCAGACUCGCUGGUGCUGGCCGCACUCACCGCUGGGCUGGGGCGCAGCCACGGCGCCUCGCGCUUCUCCCCAACCGCCGUCGCAGGGACGCUGCCCAGCCAGCAGCCGCUGCACCCGCCGCCGGCGCCGGCGCAGGCGCCGCCGCAGCCGGGGGCGGGGCGCAGCGGCAGCGGCGGCGCAGGCGGCAGCGCGCGGCCGCCCAUGCCCGUCACACCCAUCUUUGCAGCCGCAGCGCGCAGCGGGCAGCACAGCUGCCAGCCGCGCCGACAGCCGCCGCCGCAGCAGCAGGCGCAGCAGCAGCCGCAGUCUGCCUCGGCGGGCGCGGCGGCGCCGCCGCAGCGCCAGGGCUCCUCCUACCGAGACCUUUUUGACGCGCAGGCCGAGACGGCGAUGGCCCAGGCGCAGGUGGCUGGGCUGCAAGAGGCUCUCCGCAGGAAGGAUGAGGAAUUAGAGCGGCUGAAGCAGGAGCUGCUGGCGGUCACCGCAGAGCGCAGCAUGCUGCGGGAGGCGGCGGGACCCGCUGUGCGCGCCAACCUCUCGGCAGGCGUGCUGGCCGCUGCACCAGCUGGGCCCCCCUCGGCUGCCGCCAGCCAGGCCGCCGCGCGGGGCCCCAGAGGCGCCGGCGGCCUGGCGGCGGCUGCGCUGCGGUGCCAGGCGGCGGCGCCUCGGGCGGCGCCUGCCGCCGUGGCCGCUGCCGCUGCCGCUGCCGCGGCGGGAGCUGCGCCUGCGCCGCCGGCCCCUGCAGCGCCAGAGGAGGAGGCACUGGUGUCAGCCUUUGCCAAUGCCCAGGCCUUUUCAUUCGAGUGA